UUAGUACUCUUCGGACUCUUGUGUCCGAAUAGUUUGUCCUUCACUCGAUGGAAGACAAGUUUGAUCUGAAAACGUCUUAACAGAGACACGGUUGAGCCGUCAAGGUUAGACGAGUCUUGUUUGUAGCUAAGUGCGAAGUUAGCGGGCGCCGUGGCAACACUGCGCUAACCGCUUAGCAUGUAGCCCGCCAAAGUUGGUAACUAGCUUAGAUGUAUAAUGAAAGCAAAUCCCUGAAUUUACAAAAUUUUAAGCUGCCAAGGACAUGUGGCGGUUAAAUGAAGUGGAGAAUUGCGGUUAUGUAGAAACUUCAACAAUCAAAUCUAACUUGGCUGACGUGUGUAGUGGGAGGGUGUAGCAGUUUAUAAAGUGAAGCUAGGGUGGUGUUGGUAGGUAGCUGUGGAGUCUGUACAAAAACGGAAUACAGCACAAGAGGUUGAUGGAGAAGAAUGGCCCGCAUCUCGUUGGACUGCUCCAACUCUUUGCCAGGGUUCCCCCUCAGUGUGCUUUUAGUACCUAUGGAGAAUAAGUACAAAUGUCAGCAGUGUCUCCAAGUCCUGAGGAGGCCUGUCCAGGCUCAAUGCGGCCACCGCUUCUGUGUGCACUGCUUCAAACAGCUCACCAGCUCUGGCCCAAAGCCUUGUGAUGCCUGCCGCCAAGAGGAAAUAUAUGAAGAGCCCAUAUCCAUCCUCAACAGUAAUGAGGCCUUUCCAGACAAUGCAGCAGGUCGAGAGAUAGCUAGUCUGCCUGCCAGGUGUUUGAACAGCGGCUGCAAAUGGAUAGGCUCCAUCAAAGAGUAUGAGGCUCAGCAUGAAGGUCAGUGUGAAUACGAACGGGUCCUGUGCGAGGCCUGUCAGACAUUUAUCCUUCGUACAGAGAAGGACCGACACAACGAGAGAGAAUGUGAAGCAAGGACACUCAACUGCAAAUACUGCAAAGUAACCUUCAACUUUAAAGAAAUCAAGGCGCACGAUGAGAUCUGCCUGAAGUUCCCUUUACAAUGCAAGGACUGUGGCAAGAAGAAGAUCCCAAGGGAAAAGUUUGCUGACCAUGCCCGUUCCUGCGCCAAGUCAAAGAGUGUGUGUCCAUUCAUUGAUGUGGGCUGCAAAGCCGUGGUUGAGAACGUAAAGCUCAGCGAGCACGAACACAGUAGCACCACGGAGCACUUGCGUCUGCUGCUGCCAGUGGUUCUGUCUGUGGUUCGGAUGCGUGCAGAGGCUCUGUGUCCAGGAGAGUGGCAGGAGGAUUCUGGUUUGGGCCUGUACAGGGCUCCUGAGGAGGGAGUCACUAUGGGCGUUGGAGCUGCAGCCUCCACGCAGUCCCUGGACUUGGAAAAAAAGGUGAACGCUUUGGAGAACAUCGUGUGUGUCCUGAACCGGGAGGUGGAGCGUAGUUCGGUUACACUGGAAGCUUUCGCUCACCAGCAUCGCUUAGAUCAGGAAAAGAUCGAGAGCCUCUCCAACAAAGUGUGGCAGCUGGAGAGAGCGCUGGCUACACGGGACUUUCAGCUGUCUGAGAGCGAGCACCUCAUACGAGAACUGCAGUUCUGCACCUACGAUGGCAUAUUUGUCUGGAAAAUCUCUGACUUCUUGCGCCGCAGACAGGACGCCGUGACAGGAAAAACACCUGCCAUGUUCUCACCAGCAUUCUACUCCAGCAAGUACGGCUACAAAAUGUGCCUGAGAUUAUACCUGAAUGGAGACGGGACGGGUCGCGGAACACACUUGUCGCUGUUCUUCGUGGUGAUGAAGGGCAGGUGCGACGCGCUCCUAAAGUGGCCGUUCAGUCAGAAGGUCACACUGAUGCUGUUGGAUCAGAACAACAGGGAACACAUCAUCGACGCCUUUCGCCCCGACGUCACCUCCACCUCUUUUCAGAGACCAAUCAGCGAUAUGAACAUCGCCAGUGGCUGCCCGCUCUUCUGCCCCCUGGCUAAACUGUCAAGCAAAAGUCCUUAUGUGAGAGACGAUACCAUUUUUAUAAAAGCCAUCGUAGACCUCACAGGCUUAUAGGGUGUAGACUGUGGAAGCCACACCGAAGCACCAACAGAUACAAACUAAAUAAAUAUAUAUAUAUAGGUAUAUAUUAUAAAUAUAAAAUUAAUGCAUAUCCAUUUGCGACUAUUAUAUUAUAGCCACACUGAUGAGGAAAUUAUCUUAGGUAUUUAGGUUGGAGUGUUGCAUUAUGGGAAUGUGACACAGAAGAGCAGUUUGUCAAUAUUUGAUGAUAACAUUAGCUGUUUAAUAUAUAAAUAAGGCAGUGAUCUGCCCUCUAGUUCUUAUUGAUCUUCUUCAUCCCUCGUAUUACUGAUAUUCAUCAAUAUC